CAUCCCUCUGGUUGGCCGGAGAUCUCGUUGGGCUCCGCCUGGGCGGCCAUCAAUUUUCCGCCGCCUGCCAUGCGCCGCGUGGAGAAGUCGUUCCUGGCCCAGAACACAACCGUGCGACCCCAGUGCCUGCCGGAUGCGCGGCAGCAGUGCAUGUGGUGGAGUCUUCAGUUGCUGAGGGCGGUGGCCCCUUGGCGCUUCAUUUGGGCCUCGGCAGAUCUGGCAAACCUGCGACGCUACUGCCCCUCCAAGGAGGUGCUGCCUUUGCCCACCUGCAUCAUCCCGGAUCUCACGAUUGUGAGCCCAUGGCUGGUUCCAGCAACGCACCUGCUGUUGGCAGUGCUGGACUUACUGAUGCUGCCUUUGGUGCUUUACGAGUGGCUGAUGAAGGCAGCCACAGUUCCCCAGUACGGGAGCCCGUUGAGGGACUCCCAAGACAUGAGCUGGCACUUUGUGCGGCCGCUGCUGACGUCGCAGCGGAAAGUGCCAGAAGCACCGCCGCGAGGGCUACGUGCUGCUGCUCAGUUGCUGGUGCAGACUCUUCUGGACGGCCUCCUCGGCUCUUGCAGAAGCACCGCUCUUGUCACCAUCUGCUUUCUCUACUGUGGCUUGCUUUGCUUAGGCUACACCUGCAUGUACUUGCUGGGCGCGUGGCGCCUGGCCGUAGCAAUCGGGGGGCUGCUGGGCUACCGUCGCGCGCUGCUCGUGCACUUGUUGGUGUGCUUCUUGAAGAACCCGACCUGCCAGGUGCUGGCAGUGAAGUGCGACUCCAAGCUGCGAAGCUUUUGGCGACGGCCGGCUUCGGACAACUCGACGAUCAGAGCCUUCCACGGCACUGGGCAGGAGGCGGCGGACCGGAUUGUGCAGAGCGGGUUCCGCGCGUCCACAACAGGUAUGCUUGGAAGGGGCGUCUACGUCUCCCGAGAUCUGAACAAAGUGCUGGGCUACGGCGGCCAUGACGGCGUCGUCCUUGAGCUGCGUGUGUCCGUGGGCAAGGUGUGCCUGGUAGACCACCAGCUGCAUUCGAAGCAGCACGCCUGGCGAGUUGAGGCGGACACCGCCUGGGUGCCUUACCGCUGUGGCAUGGUGCCCUCUGGUCUGGAGGAGGCUUGCGUGGCCAAUCCCGGCUCUAUCACAGUGGUGCGCACGUGGCCGAAGUCCAGUUUGUUGCAGCUGCUGCUGUAUGACUGGGCUUGCCGUCUGCUGGACUUUCUCUCCCUAGCCUGGUGCUGGGCGGUUGUUGUGCAGGCAGUGCAGCCGCUUUGGGAGAAGGAGCAAAAGCCAUCCGCUUUGCCGCCUCUGCUGCCACUGCGGAUGGCUGACAUAGAGAUGGCCGCGCCGCCCAACAAAUGGACAAGGGAUUGGUGCCACGCAACUGUGCCGCCAGCUCUUGCCCACAGCGUCAAGGUGAAGUGAGAGGAACAGCUGUGCAGAUGGGCUGCCCAAAAGCCGAGAAUUUUAGGACUUGGGCCCGCGAAAGCCUAAAGGAACCAAUUAUUUUGGGAGACAUGUUUUAAAGCGCGCGUGUGCCCCGUCCUGCCAUCCGCAGGAUCGGCCAGGGGUGCGGAGGUGUCCUGCUGUGAGCCGGAGGCAUGUCAUGCAUCCGACCUGAAAUGACUCCUCCUUUGUGGCCUCCCGGAAUUUCAUGCUCAGCCGAUGACAUUCGAGAAGAUUGGUGUGGGAACUGGAUGCCCCAAGGGACCAAUUUUUGGCCAGGCCGCAUAUGGCAUGUAGUUUGCGCAGUUGGCUGCGCGUAGUCCAUGUGCGCGCCUUUGUGCGGUAUGUGCACAAUUGUAGCAUCGCCGGCGUUUGGAUGUACAGAUGAUAGAUGCCCGGAUGCAAAAA